CAGGUCAGCCAGGAGCACUGUUAUGGUGGUUUUUACCUUUUUAUUUACGGUCUGUGUAUUUCCACCUGAGCUGCUGCAGGGACCAGAUGAACCUGUGAGCCCGGGGCCACCACACACUGACACCCCGCUGUUCACAUGCUGCACCGCCGCUAGCUGCGGCUCCUCUCUCCGCUGCUGAUGGAGCACAUCCGACUACCGAAGGUGGAGAAUGUCAAGCUGCUGGACAGACUGUCUCCCAGGAGGAGCAGGGCGGGGACCCUCUACCUGACAGCCACACACUCCAUCUUUGUGGAGAACGAGGCUGGAGUGCGCAAUGAAACAUGGGUGCUUCACAGUUUGGUGUGCAGUGUGGAGAAACACGCCGCCACAGCCUCAGGAACUGCUCUGAUCAUCCACUGUAAGAACUUCCAGGUUCUUCAUAUUGUCAUCCCUCGAGAGCGGGAGUGUCAGGAUGUUCACCUGUCGCUGCAGCGUCUCUCCCAGCCAGUGAGUUACGCUGAGCUGUAUUGCUUCUCCUACAAGCCCAACGUUGACGAGAAGGAGAGGCGGCAGGAAUGGGACUUCUUGGACCUCAAGUCUGAUUACAGCAGAAUGGGACUUCCAAACUCCCUGUGGAAGCUCUCCCCCAUCAAUCGACACUACAAGGUGAGUGACACUUACCCUGCUGACCUCUUUGUUCCUGAGUCUGCCUCACCUCCGAUCAUCGUAGGGAGCUCCAAGUUCAGAAGCAGAGGCAGAUUUCCCACUCUGUCGUACUACUCCAAAGAAAAUCACGCUGCCAUCUGCCGCAGCAGCCAGCCUCUGUCAGGUUUCAGCGCUCGGUGCCUAGAGGACGAACAGAUGCUGGAGGCCAUCUUGAGGUCUAAUCCCCGCAGCGACUUCAUGUAUGUGGUGGACACCAGGCCUAAGCUGAAUGCGAUUGCAAACCGAGCUGCAGGAAAAGGCUACGAAAAUGAAGACAACUACUCCAACAUUAAAUUCCAGUUCAUCGGCAUCGAGAACAUCCACGUUAUGAGAAACAGCCAACAAAAGAUGCUAGAAGUGUGUGAGCUGCGUUCCCCCUCCAUGUCCAACUUCCUGGAGGGCCUGGAAGGCUCAGGCUGGCUGAAGCACAUCAAAGCUGUUUUGGAUGCAGGCAUCUUCAUCGCCAAGGCUAUAGCAGAGGAGGGUGUCAGUGUCUUGGUUCACUGCUCAGACGGUUGGGACCGGACAGCCCAGGUGUGUUCAGUGGCCUGUGUGCUGCUGGAUCCCUACUACAGGACCCUCCGAGGACUCAUGGUCCUCAUCGAGAGAGACUGGGUCUCAUUUGGACACAAGUUCACCCACAGAUGCAACCACCUGGUCGGAGACCCUAAGGAGGUGUCUCCCGUCAUCGACCAGUUCCUGGAGUGUGUGUGGCAGCUGAUGGAGCAGUUCCCCUGUGCCUUCGAGUUCAACGAGAGGUUCCUCAUCACCAUUCACAGCCACAUCUACUCCUGCCAGUUCGGCAACUUUAUCGGCAACAACCAGCGGGAGAGGAUCGAUCGGGGAGUGCGUGAGAGGACUCACUCUUUGUGGAGUUUUCUGUGGAUGAGCCGUGCCGACUACAUCAACCCUCUGUACAGGCCGGACCACAGCCAGACUCAGGGGCUCCUCCGGCCCUCUACUGCCCCCUAUUGCUUUAAAUUUUGGAGAGGCCUGUACAAUCAUUUUGACCAAGGGAUGCAUCCACGUCAGUCUGUAGAGGAUUACCUUCGGGCCAUCACAGAGGAGACGCAGCAGCUGGAGGAGCAGCUGACCUCACACAAACAGAAAAUUGCUGAACUGGAGCAUGAGCAGGUGGGGAGAGUCAUCCAGAAGACACCCCCUUGUGAUAAGAGCCCCACAGCGUGGGGCCUCCUCAAUGAUCUCACCAUGGCCAACACCCCUCAGGACUACACUGGGGACUUCAUCACCAGCAGCCCUGGUCAGCUGAAAACACCAGACAGCAGCCUGAUCCUCCUGCCGCAGGACCUGAACAAAACAUCUGAAGCCAACCUCUCAAACGGCAGUGACCAGGAGUCUGGGAUCGCUGACCUGAGCUGUCGCUCACCUCUCAGUGAGGACAGCACCAGGGAUCCAGACUCAGAUGAGGCUACCUACUCUGCUGCCUGAGCAAAUGUAGCGUGUGGUUGGAGGGCGCAGAUCAAACUCCACAUGAACAUUCACCAAGUCACCUGGGUAUUGGCUAACAUCAGUGAAAAGUCUUGCACUGGGUUACACAGCUGACUUGCACUUUGGUUUGCAUGUUGUGCGGUGGACUCUCCCUUUUGCCACUUAAAUACAUAAUAGUUAAAGUUGUCUGCUGUAGCUGAAACCUUUCAUUCUUAUGCCAGGGAAAGAAAUUCUGAAAGUAAUAUCAAAGUUGAAUAUUGUUCAGUGUCAUGUAUGUUGUUUGACAGCAGACUUUACCCAUCAACAUAGAUGGUUAAAAAAGAGGUGAUGAUGAUGUCAUCUAAAAAAGAGUUUCCUUAAGUUAAAAGCAAACUAAGAAUAAUCCUGAACAUUUGUCUCUAUGUGUAACAUGAUUGGUGUAGAAGUAUGACUGCUUUUUAUUGUGGAUUUCCAUAAACGUCAUUUCAUAAUUUUUGCUUUACAAUGUAAACACUGUAAACGUUAAACACUGCUUCAGUAGUAGAUGACAGCAGCCUUAUUUCCAACUAGGAAAGCAUUGUUAGCUAUAAAAAGAUUCCAAGCAAAGAAUUCAAUAUCAAUUUUAUAAAGCAAUAAAAGUCAGUUAGCACAGCUCCCAUUAGAACAAAAUGCUAAUAAAUUAUUAAAUGGAAACAUGAUAAAACUGACGAAACACUGACAAUAAUGUAAUAAGCAAGCUGUGGGGAGAAAAACAGCAAACUCAAGGAUAUAACGUGAGAACAGCAUAUAAGCUGCUGUCACAUUGUUCGAAAAGAUUGAUCUCCUAAGUUCUUCUAUGUAGUGUUUUGAUCAUUUUGUCCGACCCCUGUUCUAAAUGCUGAUGCACAUUUUGGUCACUGCUGCUCAUAGACAGUCUGGGUUCAGGAUUUCCAUCUGACCUGAAAGACAAGCUGUGAUGCUUUUCGACACAAAGUUAGAUUUAUACGCGAGUGUCGCCAUGUUUCAGUCCCACAGUUCAUGUUAUAAACGAACUCCGCACACCACAGUGACCUCAGCUGGUGUUUGUAGUCAUUACACUAUAAUAACCACUGGUUAGUUGUAGCUGAACACAGUGACCAAUCUAAAAACAGUUGUCCACAAUAUUUCAACAGGUCUGUUGUUAUCAAACCAAAUGUUUUACCAAAGGGAAUCAACUGUCUGCAGGUAUAAAGUGGAGUCAAGGAUAGAACUACUGAACAGAUGAGAGCGUGUGAACAUUAAUAUUCUGCCAUUUAGUGACGCAGAUUAGUGACUGUUUUUUUGAAUGUGUGUGCCAUUUGUAGAAUUAGGUGUAUAAUUAGGAUUAUAUCUAGUGUAGUACACGUUUCUGUAGGUGCACUCCAAUACUGCAAACAAACAAAGUACAGGUUAUCCGGCGAGGCAUGUUAAGAAUAUUUUUGUACUUUUGACCUAUUUUUUUGACUACUGUAAUCUUUCUUUGAUGCAUGUUGUUUUUUUUAUUUGUACAAGAGUUUGACCUUGUAGAAAAGAAAGAGCUUUAUAUUAUUGUGUGUUUGUUCGGAUGGAGAAAGAGCCAAAUUUGUCAAAAUGACCGAAAUGCAAAGUUGUAUCAGUUGUUUCAAUGUUCUUGUGGUAAUAAAUAAAUAAAUAUAAUA